AUGUUUGCCAUGCAGGAACAAGAUUGGAUAAUACGCCGCGCCAACCUCCAGGUUCCUGGUGGAGGGGUGAGGAUCAUCCAUCACGAGGACAGAAUUCGCGAUGCGUGUUACGACUUACGCACUCGAGAGUCACGGAAGGCAGAGAGACUUUCUGCCUCGCACCCCCGAGAAGCCGCGGUUCUGAGGACAUCGACAGGCCCAAAAAAAAAGAGGCAAACUCCACACAAUGAUUCUGGAGUCCGCGGAAUCUCUUCAAGGCUCAUCAUCUCAUGGGCGGAGGUUGCAUUGAAAUGCGCCCAGCCUGAUUUCCUCACCAAGAAAUUCUACCCAGGCUCGUACCGCCCGCCAAGUUUUCUGUCCGUCGCCACUGUUCCUGAACGCCGAGAUUUGAAUAAUACAGGGGAAAACAGCAGAGCCAAGACAGAUCAACGCUCUACAGCCUCUGGAGGCUCUUCCAAGACUCCCAUCGAAAAGUCUUGGGAGCCCAGGGUUGGAAACUGCCAACUCUCCGAGAUAACCGUCUUGGCAACGCUUCUUGGCAUUGUCGAUUCACAGUGA